CCGCAGUCCCUCAUAAGUCGGAUUAGUGGAUAAAAGAUUGGUGUUUCCAGUGCACUGCCAUUGCGUUGCCAUAAAGCCCCACUGCGGUGUGGCACAUGAAGCCGUAAGCAUCUUUUUAUAGGGUCUAGGAUCGUACGUAUAAAACCAACACGGGGAUUCUAUGGGGCGAUUAUAUAUUUGAAGCCCCACAUUAUUUCUGCAUACCAACCAUGACUCAAUACCCUGACGAAAAAUCCAACAACCCGUAUGCAAGCUAUAUACAGCCCCCUGUCACAACCCCUCAGCAGCAACAGAAUCAAUACCAGGCACCUUUGGGCCCACCCCCUGCAUACACGCAUGAGUCACCUUAUGCUCCGCGCGACAGCACGUACCAAGGGUACAACCCUCAGCCGCAAACGUACCAUGCACCUCUGGGUUCAGCAUCCCAACUUCCUCCAGGAUAUCCUCAAGGAGAUCAAUCCCCACCAGCUGGUCGUUACGACCAAAAAGGCGGGGAGUACCCAGCAUACGAUAUGGCUUCCCCAGGAGCCAGAUAUUCCCGUGACCGUGACAGGGCAGGACCAUCAAAUUAUCCUUUAUACCAGCCAAACAACAGUCUGAGCCCAUAUAGCCAGACUCCGGGCGCUGUGCCACAAGAUCGUGCAUCUUCCCCCAAUGAAGAGAGUAGAGGGUUAUCCCUAGAUUCAUUCUUUGGUAACACGGGCCCUCCGCCAAUGUGGCGCCGUCAACCGCCUCAGCACCUGCCUCGCGACCAGUUCCCUCCCAUGUGUCUCAUCUCAAACGGAACAGACCUGAGCAAAGGCUUCCCUGAGGUGCCUCCCCCAUGCCAACUAUGUGUUCACCCAUUUGUGACGCAUGAUAUCUUGGAGGAGGAUUGGAAACGAUUCCUGGCAGACAUUAAGAAAGCAGGUUCAUUAUCUGGAGGACAACGCAUCAAAUCGAAUGUCAUACCCUUGGUGACAGGCAUCGGUCUUGUCGGCGGUUUGUUCAUGACUAGAGGCAUCGAGAAACGAAUGAAAGCAAAGAAUCGCAAUGCGGCGGGAGACGUCGUUGAUAACUGGAACUAUUACUUCUUCGGACCUCGCAAAAUGGAAGCCACUCUCUGCCAAGGGUCCGAGCGCUUGAGCGGCCGUGAGGGUGCGGCCCCGCCUGGUGAUUAUGGCCAGCUCCAGAUGGCAAAUGGCCUCCGUCGUCGAGCCUCGAGUGACUCGUCUUCUUCGUCUUCGUCUUCCUCGUCGGACUCUGAGGAUGACAGGAGCCACCGCAGGCAUGGGCCGUCUGCAUCGCACAAGUUUGAUAAAAGACAGCGUCGGGCCGCGAAAAGGGAGGCUAAGGCGGAGAGACGCCAGGAGAAACGCGCUCGUAAGGCAGAACGUCGCAGUGGUAAGGCUCGUGGGGGAAAUUCGGAACCCUACCAGCUUUUCAUUCAAGCUAUCUAGCGAGAUCGAUGAGUAGAUGCGAGAUAAACCGUCAACGAUAUCGGAUUUGAAAUUUGAGCCUCGUGGUCAUCGUGUGGUGUGAUUAAAAUAAUACAUACAGACUCGGAUAAUUACAACCCAAGAGAAACACGUGGUAUCUGCCUUGAGACCUGGGCCCGGGAGUGCGGCUGCUUCGUGGCACAAGUUCGAAGUUCAAAGAUCUUGCUUGCAGUGGCGUUCGCGCAGUACAAAGAAAAUCUAUCUCCCCAUGUUCCCGACUUUGUUUGAAGCAGGUGACGUGUGUGAAAGCUUUCCCGAUUUCGCUGCAGUUUGGUGGAUUGUACAAACGUGUUGUGAUUAGCGAAUUUUGAAAGCAAAGGCAAUUUCCAUUAGUCAGCAGCCUCUGGAUUCAACAAGAACAAACAAUGCCCCACGAUGCUCA